UGAUGAUACAUAUACUGAAGGUUCUAAUAAUUAUGAAUUUACUGACGAUUAUGAAUCCGUUUAUGAAAAAUCUGAAACAGAAAUUCCAGUUAUUGAUUUGCCUGAGCAAAUAUCAUAUUCGUCCUUUGAUGAUUGUGAA